UUUAAAGCCGACCGUAAACAGAAAGCGGAAACAAUAGAGAACCACAUACACACACCCUUGUCUUGGCGAUCUACUCAGGGAAAUAAAAUACCUUUACCUUUUAAGCAAUACUAUUAAAUAGACAUCUAAAGAAAAUACGAAGUCGACGAGUCCUUGGGGGCAUUUGACUAAGUCGGUCACCAUGGCACUGAAAAGAAUACAGAAGGAGCUUCAUGACCUGCAGAGGGAUCCGCCAGCACAGUGCUCUGCUGGACCCGUGGGAGAAGACUUGUUCCAUUGGCAAGCAACAAUAAUGGGGCCAGGUGAUAGUCCAUACCAAAGUGGUGUCUUCUUUCUCACAAUCCACUUCCCCACCGACUAUCCCUUCAAGCCACCAAAGGUAGCAUUCACAACAAAGAUCUAUCAUCCAAACAUCAACAGUAACGGGAGCAUCUGCUUGGACAUCUUGCGAUCCCAGUGGUCUCCAGCAUUAACUGUAUCAAAAGUGCUGUUGUCCAUAUGUUCGUUGCUUUGUGACCCAAACCCGGACGACCCCUUAGUUCCAGACAUAGCACAGAUCUACAAACUAGACAAAGAGAAAUACAACAGACUAGCAAGAGAUUGGACUCAGAAGUAUGCAAUGUAAAGGCCCUCCUGAAGAUUUUUUUUUAAAGUCACAAAACACUGUACAUUCUGGUAAUAGAAAGUAAACUUAGGUGAUAUGGAACACAUUGUACUGUCAACAUUUAUCAUGUGAACCCAUGAACUAUGGAUGAUUUUGUGUUUACAGGGGGUAUACACUGCACAUAUGUACAUUAAGGGUGAUAGAUAUGGGGACAACAACUGGACAUUGUUGUUAUCCCUACUUCCUGGUUUUGGGAACUUUUGUUUCUCGUCUCAUGAAUGGAAGAGGAAGUCAUUAGAAUACUGUAGCCCACGGUUACAUUCAGAAUACUGUAGCCUGCUGUUCCAGUCAUCAGAAUACUGUAGCCUGCUGUUCCAGUCAUCAGAAUACUGUAGCCUGCUGUUAGUCAUCAGAAUACUGUAGCCUGCUGUUAGUCAUCAGAAUACUGUAGCCUGCUGUUAGUCAUCAGAAUACUGUAGCCUGCUGUUAGUCAUCA